CAGUCGUUCGGGGAGAGAGAGAGAGAGAGAGAAGGAGAGAGAGGGGCGAUCGGGCGGCUUGUGUCGCGGGAGCAGCAGCAGUGCGAGAAGAGGCACAGCUGCAGCAUCUGGAGCGGCGACGCGGGGCUGUGGCCACUGCAGCCGGCAGGAAGAAGAGAUGCGGCGGUCUCGGUUUAAGGGCCCCUGCGAAUCGUAACUCUUGCAAGAGCCAAGGGUUAUAUGAAGAAUUACACAUGCCGUGAGAAGACCGAUACAAAUAAAAACAACCCAGCCUGAGGAAGAAGUAAAAGGGAGAUCCAUUUGCAGCAGCUGACCUAAUGUUAAGGGACUUUCUCCUGCCCAUCAUGGAAGCAGAUGGCUGGGGAUGGCUAGUGGCCCCAGUUCAGCAGCUGAUAUCCUGGGGUGCAUCGGCAGCCAUGGUGUUUGGAGGUGUGGUGCCCUACAUCCCUCAGUAUCGGGAUAUUAAAAGGACACAGAAUGCAGAGGGCUUCUCAACCUACGUGUGCUUAGUGUUACUAGUUGCAAACAUUUUAAGGAUACUUUUUUGGUUUGGGAGGCAUUUUGAAUCCCCUCUACUGUUGCAGAGCAUUAUAAUGAUAAUCACAAUGCUACUGAUGCUGAAACUAUGCACUGAAGUACGUGUGGCAAAUGAGCUGAAUAUAAAACGGCGGUCCUUUUCAGCUGCAGAUAGUAAGGAUGAAGAAAUCAAAACACCUCCAAAGAGAUCUUUUCUGGAUUUUGACUUGAUCUAUUUCUGGCACUGGAGCAGGUUUACAGAUUAUGUGCAAUGUGUUCUGGCUUUCACUGGAGUCACAGGAUACGUCACUUACCUUUCUCUCGACUCGAUUAUCUUUGUGGAAACAUUGGGCUUCCUUGCUGUGUUCACUGAAGCCAUGCUGGGCAUCCCACAGCUCUACCGUAACUAUCAGAAUAGGUCGACUGAAGGAAUGAGUGUAAAGAUGGUACUGAUGUGGACCAGUGGCGACACUUUCAAGACUGUAUACUUCCUUCUCAACCAAGCUCCUUUCCAGUUCUCCAUUUGUGGACUUCUCCAAGUCUUUGUGGAUAUGGCCAUCCUGAUGCAGGUUUACUUCUUCAGCUGCUACCCCCAGAAGCCAACUUCACACCCAACACACCCAGCCAGUACAAAGGCACUUUAAAGCACAAGGCGGAGGCGUCUAUAAGUCACCUGUGUUUGGAAGCAGCCUUGCAGUUUCAGCUCUUAAAUACUGCAUUUCUGAUGGGCUGGAAGAAGAAGAAUAUUAUAACAUGGGAAGAGUAUCAUACCUGGCAUUACUUCUAAUGAUUGGUGUUCCUUGGGUUGCAUGCCCACUGGAAUGGAUUUUUCUCUUUGGGGCUCCAGUGAGGGUUGUCCUUUUUGUAUCUAUGUACAUAACUAUGAGUCUUAAUCACCUAUAUCUAUAUGUGUGUGCAUGUAUGUAUGCACACAAGCAUAC